GGCACUCUAGUGGUUGGUGAUCAUAAAAACACGUGCCUUCACCCUUCAUACAUUUAACCCAGGUAGAAAACUGGUUUUGUUGCUGUUUUUCUAAUAACUUUUGGCUAUCAAUUAGCUACUGAUAACCUGCACAAACAGGGACCGAAAACUGAACUCACAGACUUGUCGCUCGGUGAAGUUGUCUCUGCGAGCGCCCGCUAAGCAUGUUUGUUUACUUGGGGAAUCCGGAAGGGCCUGAGGCUGCCUGCAAAUGCUAACGCGCCCGCUAGCUCCAUUGUGCAACGUUCGUUCAUCUGACAGUGUUGACCUUGCAGCGGGUAAGAUGGCUAAUAUACGUUAUCAAUACAGCAACAGUCGAUUGAACUUUAUGGCUGCAUUAGGGUCCUGAUUGAACACACACAUCAUGGCAACUGAGGCUGCAGUCUCCACCUCUGGUCGUCCUGCAAUCCCCAACCACUCUCAGGGGGACUAUCACUUUGUCCGCUCCUUUGUAGCUGGAGGUGUAGCUGGAUGCUGUGCCAAGUCCACCAUCGCUCCCCUGGACAGAGUAAAGAUCCUACUGCAAGCCCAUAGCCCCCACUACAAAGAUCUGGGAGUGGUAGCCACUCUCCGUGCUGUGCCAAAGAAGGAGGGUUACCUGGGGCUGUAUAAAGGCAAUGGGGCUAUGAUGGUCAGGAUAUUCCCCUACGGAGCCAUCCAGUUCAUGGCCUUCGACAAAUACAAGAAGAUCCUCAGUAAACAGCUGGGCAUUUCUGGACACAUCCACAGGCUAAUGGCCGGUUCUAUGGCAGGGAUGACAGCAGUGAUAUGUACGUACCCUCUGGAUGUGAUAAGAGCCCGUCUGGCAUAUCAGGUGAAAGGACACCAUCGCUACACAGGCAUCGGAAAUGCCUUUCAGACGAUAUACCUAAAGGAAGGAGGCAUCCCUGGCUUCUACAAAGGUCUCAUCCCAACCCUUAUAGGCAUGGCUCCAUAUGCAGGGUUCUCGUUCUUUACCUUCGGCACGCUGAAGAGUCUAGGUCUGGCCCACUUCCCAGAGCUACUGGGGCGACCGUCCUCAGACAACCCAGAGGUGAUGGUGCUGAAGACCCAUGUCAAUCUGCUCUGUGGAGGGGUGGCUGGAGCUAUCGCACAGACCAUUUCCUAUCCUCUAGAUGUUGCCAGGAGAAGGAUGCAGUUAGGAGUGGUACUUCCUGAUUCUGACAAAUGUCUUACCCUGACCAAGACUCUGAAGUAUGUGUACAGUCAGUAUGGGAUGAAGAAGGGUCUGUACAGAGGGCUGUCUCUCAACUACAUCCGCUGUGUGCCCUCUCAGGCUGUGGCCUUCACCACCUAUGAGUUCAUGAAGCAAACCCUCCACCUCAACUAGCUGCUCCCUCCCUCCCCAUCCAUCCAACUCCACCCUUCAUCUCUGCAUAGCUGGAUUGGGGCACGUUCACUAAGGCUAAACACUCUGAAACGUUUAGAGAGCAAAAGAUCUCUAGUAGUGGUCUAUCUCAAAACAGCCUGACCAAGAGCAAUCACUGGGGCUAUACAUUCUGAAAUGUUUAAGAACUUCCUUAGAAACUCCCUGCAUCUCAACACAACCUGACCAGGGAACUAUAAAUUGGACAACAUUUUUCUGAAUGUCUUUCAGUGCCCUGAAUAUUCCUUAUUAGAUGUGUUAAUUUACCCUAGUUAACCUUUUUCUGUUUUCCGCUUGGAGGUAUUGAACUCUGCUACCAGAGGAGGCCAUUGAGGCUCAGCCACGGGAGCCACGCUAAGCCCAGUCGCUCUUUGCCCCAGCCGGAAAGCAGAUGAAGGCACUGGGCCCCAUGGCAAUGCCUCAAAACAACUGGCAUUGCCAAUCCAGUGCCCCUGUCUGUUCUCGGCUCCUGCUUUUGUGAUUCUCUCCCUCUUAUGUCGUUUUAAAACCGCCCAACCUGUGGCUGUGGACAACACCCCGGCAACUAUUGCCAUGGAUACCUAUGGACAAUGACUCCCUCUGCUUCGAUGAGUGGCUAUGUGCAAUGAACCCCUAACAACUGUCAUUGGUAAUGGCAUAGCAACCCGAUUCUGUACACUGCCUCCCAUCCUACCUAAGUCACACAGACAUUAACGGAGGGGAAAGUCACACUGGGCAAUCUGCCUUAACAUAAUCGGAGGUCUUCUUUUCCUCAUGUUCCUACCUGACACUAGUGAGUACAAACCUAGACACAUAAAAUAAUGAGACAUGGAUUUAAAUGUGUAAUAUGUCAGUUUUUGUAAGAGUUAUAGGACAACUUCUACAUUUUAUGAGAAUUAAGAACACUCUCCCCAAGCUUGUGUUUAACACAGAACUGUGCUUUUUGAAUGUCCUGAGUUUAGUAGAAUCCAAAUGAUAAAAUCCCAAAACAUCACAUUCAGUUUGUUCAAAACUGAACCUCAAAUUGUAUUAUUUUGAUGGUCUCCAAAAAGUCUUAUUGUCGGACAUUGAAACAGGUUUGCCCCAUGCAGUUGAACAGAUAUAACAGGUGUGUAUCUGCUUAUUGUCAGACAUUGAAACAGGUUUGCCCCAUGCAGUUGAACAGAUAUAACAGGUGUGUAUCUGUAGGAGUGUUGUCUUGACGUGUGUGUGUUUAUGUCCAUUCAGGGUUUAGUGUGUAGUAAGUCUCUUCUCUACUGUGCAGGUUUGGGGUCCAAUGCCUUGUUGUAUACAAGUUGCUAUUUAUGUAUUGUGUUCCUAUCCACAAAGCCUCUGUGUACUUUGCCAAUCUUUUACCUGUAUAACCAACAGAUCGAGAUAGAUAGAUAUCUAUCUAUCUAAUAUAUCUAAAUGCAACAGAGACAUAGGACACAGUGUCUGAAAUGCCAACCUAUUCCCUAUAUAGGCUCUGGCCUAAAGUAGUGCACUAUAUAGGGAAAAGGGUGUCAUCUUGGACAUAACCAUGGCUACUAGUCAGUUUUUACUUUAACCAGGCCAGCUUGUCAUUGGCUAUGACGUGACAAUGUUGGCUAACGUUGGGUACAAGGCAGUGGUGUAGCGUGCAGAAACAGUCAUGUUCUUGGGCUAAUGAUGCUUUUUCCCCCUCGAAGAGGGUAUCUGUUGAGGAAAGAGUCUAGCAGGGUUGCAAAAUCCAACUUUCCUAGAAAUUCCAGUUGGAUGAUUUUGAUAUUGUUCCCGUGAGAUGACAAUGAACUGAGGUAGGCUAUGGACUGACAGUGGUGGUUUUAACAUGUUGUGUUUUCUUUACCUCUUGCCUACAUUUCCCUGUGUUCAGGUGUGUGUCGCAGGGUGUAGAAAGCAUUUGUCAGCUACUGAUCUAGACACUAGUAUUAAAAUAUGUGCUAUAUAAUGUAUCCUAUGUAAGAGUUGCUAUGAAGUUUAAGCACCCAAAUGGAAACCUGAGUUAAGUACUUCAAGGGGGGAACCUAGCACUUCGGAGCCUUUGGCUUUUUUGUGUUUAUUCAUGAAAGUGUAGUGUGACUGUGUGCCUCCUUGUGGCCACAAUGAGUCAGUAAUAUGUUUACCGACAACGAUCAUCUGUAGCCUGCCUUGCAUGUAACUGGACAUUACCAUGCUGAAGCCUUCAUAACCACUACUACAGCGACGUAUGUCUUCUGAUCUGUCCGUGUAUCAUCAUGAUGACUUUGGAUAUGUCAUUUUCCUCUUGGUUUGAAUGUACAUUGUGCAGCAUCUGUGUUCUGUACCCGUAUUCAUGAAGUGUCAGUUUUUCCUUUCCGAUCAUAAUGAAUAAGAGGGGAAUCUGAUGUCAGUACUAGUGCUUCAUGACAAUAUGCUCUGUUCUCUUGUUUAGCAAAAUGAUGUAAGGAAGUCAUAAGAAUCAUAAUGCACAUCUCUCUGGUCUCAAGUCACUUCCUUUCCCAAUCUACUGUACUUUCCGUCACCUGCACUGAACGAGCUGGGUAGGUAAAAGCUACUUCCUGGUAGGCACAUUGUUUUCCCAGAUUUAUUCCACUUAAAAAUAACUGCUGUUUUUGAUUUGAUAAAAGUUUAAAUUCGCUAUUCAGAAAAGUCCCUCUCCCACUAGAACAGUGUUGCCCAAACUCUGUCAUUGGGACCCCAAGGGGCGCACAUUUAGUUUUUUUGCACUGCACAGCUGAUUCAAAUCAUUAAGCUUUGAUUAUUCAAUCUGCUGUGUAGUGCAGGGGCAAAAAUCAAAACAUCUCCAGGACCGAGUUUGGGAAACGCUGCGCAAGAAUGAAUAAUAUUGAUAGGACAGGCGCUUGUCAGUCACAAUGUGAGCGAUGACAGGGAAACACUGCUGGUUUGACAAUCUGCUGUCUGUCUCCUCCAGGUACCUGUGGGAUUUGUGUGCGCUGUGGUUGGUUUGAAGUCAAAUUUCUUUACAGAUAGCAAGAUGCGCCUUCAUCGUGGUAACGAGUCGAAGUCCACUGAGCCUAAUGAUUGUUUUCUUGCAAAUUUUAUUUUGUGUGUUUCCUACAGCCAGCCACGGAAUCGUGAUGAUUAGACUAUUUACAGUGCUUUGAUUGACGACCGAACAGCAAAUGUUGACGUGUCAAACUGACUGAAUAAAAGUGAUCACCUAUA